CCCGCCCCCUGCGCCCUGCCGAAGGCAGUGGAGAGAAGACCCGUGUCGAGCCGACCACGGGAAGCAACUCCUGAGAGGUCGGGCUGAUCCUGUACCUGCCGCCAGCCACACAGCGCGUCCAUACGGGGGAAUGAAUUAAACUGGCCAGGGAUGGGCAGGCGAUAUCCCGCAAACGCAGUUGCACAGCCCGGUGCUUCCCUCGAUUCCACAUUCGGAGCGAUGCCGGCCACGGUCGGGCAGGCCAUUGGGCCACUGGAAGCGGCGAGCGGCCAGGCCGGCCCAGCCCAGCCGCCGUCCUCCCUGCGGCUGCGCACGUCGCACAACGAGCUACUCAACGCCGACAUGCGGCGCUCCGACGGCAGCGGCACCACCCCACCCAAGAGCCGCAAGGCGUACGCCGCCACCAGCCUGCAGUCCGCCAUGGGCCUGCAGUCCGCCAUGGGCCUGCAGUCCGCCACGGGCCUCGGGGGCGGGGCGGAGGGCGACGACGCCGAGGGCCGGGGCUCCGUGCUCGCCGUGCCGGUUGGCGGCGGGCUCGCGCGCCGGCACAGCGAGAGCGCCGCCCUCGGAGCCAGCGGCGCGGACGUGCACAACGCCAACGCGAAACUGCUGAAGAACGGAGAGAACCGACUGCGCAAGGCGGCCGAGCUGGGCCAGGGCACGCAGCCGCCGGCUCACGACGCGGGCCGCGACGGCCCACCCCGCAACGCCGACGCGAAUGCCGAACUUAACCGCGGCUACGAGCAGCUUGGCGGCCAGGCUCCCGCCACACGAGACCCCAACCGCAACGACAACUGUCCGGGCAACAACAACGGUAACGUCGGGCUGGAGAAAGCGGAGGGCAAGGAGACCAGCGACGGACAGGAGGACGAGGCGCCCGCCACUGUCUCCGCAUCGCAGAUGAAAAAGAAUAAAAGCUUCCUCGGCUACUACGCAGACCUCGAGUCGGCCUUCACCGGCAAGGGAACCCUGCUGCUAAACGGAGACUUGAGCGGCAAGACCGAAGGCCCGCGCGACGGCACCACGGCCCGCGCGGACCCUUCCCCCUCGGCGUCCGAGUCGCCGAGCUCCGCGACGGAGCGGCCCAAGGCAGCGGCGGACGCGCUGUCGGAGCUGCAGGCGCCGGCGGACGAGGCGGAGCAGGGGGACGAGGACGGGGGCAGGGCAUUGCGCGGGCGCAUGUUCUUUGGGAUGAGGAACACGGCGAUGAGCGACGAGGACUCGAGCUGGACCACGCUGUCGCAGGAGAGCGCCUCGUACACCUCGCCCGAGGACUCCGAUGGGCUGUGGACGGAUCCGUCAUUCGGCUCGGACCCGGACCUCCCUCCGGGCUGGAAGAAGGUUUGCGACUCGUCGGGGACCUACUACUGGCACAUCCCGACGGGCACCACGCAGUGGGAGGCGCCGGGGGGCACGGCUCGCUCCGAGGGCGACGGCGAGAUCGCCUCGCCGGGCACUUGCACCGAGAAGGACAUCUGCUCCGUGGAGUCGUCCGCCGUCAGCACUCCGGCCGACUCGCCGGCUCAGGAGAAGGAGCCUGUGUCUGCCAUCUCUGUCUCUGGCCUUUGUAGAAAAAUAGACUUUAAUGAAUGGAAGGAGAUCCAGGCUGCUACUGUGACCCCUGACCCAAGCCUCAAAGAGUUUGAAGGAGCCACUCUGCGCUACGCUUCCCUCAAGCUUGGACACGCGAAGCAGCAGGAGCUUGAGGAUGGAAAGGAGAACAUCGUUAGUGAUCCAGAAUCGAAGUGCUUCGCGGUCCGCUCGCUGGGCUGGGUGGAGAUGUCCGAGGAGGACCUGGUGCCAGGCAAGAGCAGCGUGGCUGUCAACAACUGCAUCCGCCAGCUCUCGUAUCGCAAGAAUGACAUCCGCGACACGGCUGGCAUCUGGGGCGAGGGCAAGGACAUGUUCUUAGUGCUGGAGAACGACAUGCUCGACCUAGUGGAUCCCAUGGACCGCUCGGUGCUGCACUCUCAGCCCAUCGUCAGCAUCCGUGUAUGGGGCGUCGGGCGCGACAAUGGCCGGGACUUUGCAUAUGUGGCCCGAGACAAGCUCACGAGGGUGCUCAAGUGUCACGUGUUCCGCUGCGACACUCCCGCCAAGGCUAUCGCCACCAGCCUGCACGAGAUUUGCUCCAAGAUCAUGGCCGAGAGGAAGAACUCCAAGGCUCUGGGCAGCGUGUCCACUUCCUCCCUGGAGAAACACGACAGCACGCCCGAUGUGCCGCUUCAAGAUUUCCCAACCCCAAAGACUGACCUGGUGCAGAAGUUCCAAGUGCAAUACGUGGGCAGCCUGCCCGUGGCAAGACCGAAUGGCAUAGAUAUCCUGCAGGGUGCCAUCGAGAGCCUCAUGUCCACCACUAACAAGGAGGACUGGACGCCCGCCGUGGUGAACGUCACGUCAGCCACGCUCACUGUGUGCCGGGAGACGGCGGAAGAGGACGUGGUGAUCGAGUGCAGGAUUCGCUACCUGUCCUUCAUGGGCGUGGGCAGCAACGUGCACACCUUCGCCUUCAUCAUGGCGGCCGGGCCGCAGCGCUUCGAGUGCCACGUGUUCUGGUGUGAGGCCAACGCCGCCACCUUCUCCGAGGCCGUGCAGGCCGCGUGCAUGCUGCGUUACCAGAAGUGUCUGGACGCUCGGCCCACGGGGGCCAAGGCCCGCAUUCCACCCCCUCCUCCGUCGGAGUCGGUGGCCCGGCGUGUCGGCUGCAGUGUCAAGAGGGGGGUGCAGUCGAUCCUGGGCAGCUUCAAAUACAAGCGAGCGCCGCCACACGCGGCCCAGACACCCUGACUCUCCUGCCGCCCCCUGCCCUGCCGUGCUCGUUCCGCCCCAACAACCGCCACCCGCGUCGUUCGCUCCCUUUCCUUGAUGGCCCGUUCUCCCGAUCCCUGCCCUUUCCUGCCGCUUCCAGUCCUAUCCCAUGCACCCUAAAAAGUUUGGGCUGUCGGGCACGGCGUGACGUCGUGACGGCACCCCGUGUCGGUGAGUGACGUGUACUCCCCAUCCAAGUUGUGUCCCCGGCAAGAUGCCACUUUUGCGGACUGCGCGAUGUCAUUUCCACGAGACUGCUGCUGGGCUGGAUUUUCUGUUCAAAGAAGGUGGAUCACAGAUGGCACAGCCCUGACGAACAAACACUGACCUCAUGGACGGUACAAACUGGUUUUGAAUCGUAGCCACACUGCGAUGGAGCCUUGACUGCACAGGUUGGUUCAGAGGAAGUUUCAAUCACUUUUCACAAAACAAACAAACUAAAAACACUACAUUCUGGCAGAAUGGCUGUUAACGUUUGCCGUUUUUUUUUUUGUCCUUCAAUUUCCUACACAAAGCUCAUCUUGCUGCCUAAUUUUAUUCAGAAUUUGCUGCUGAUAUGACUGUAAAGUUCUCUCCACGGAAGCGCCGUAAUGCGUCGACGGUUUGUGCAGAUGCUGUGGGUUGCCCGUGCGCCAGUGCCGAGAGGGGGUUGGCGUGCCGUUGAGCGGCGUGCGAGAGCGGGGCGAGCUUCGGCGCGCGCAGCCCGUGCCGGGGCAGCGUGGAACCGCUUUUUGUGUUUAGUUCGUUGUCCUCCCCCCCCCCGUACCUCCCAUUUAGCACGGUUGUCUACGUACGGUGCGAAAGAAGUUGAACGUACGUACGAGAGGAGGGGCCGUCCCGCACGUCGAAUCGCGUCGCAUUUGUAACGUCGUCAACACUACGUGUCGCAACUGCACUUUUCUGUGUGUCGAGUAAUGCACAGUGUGUGUGAUGUUAGGAUGUAGGACACUGCAGAGCACUUGACUCCAAUGCUCUGCACAGUCGCUCGUGGGUUUUGUUAACGUUUAAUGAGUAUCAUUUCAAUUAUGCUUUUAUAUGAAAAAGUGAAAGGAUUUUAGCGAGGGCUGGGAGAGGUUGUCUGGUUCUGUACUUUUACGUUGGUAAAACUGACGCGCAAGUAAAACAAAAAUGCAAGGGGUCUCUGAGUAUGUGGAGAUCAGACAUUUGUACAUCUUCCAACAAACUGGUCAGAAAAAAAACAACUGUCUGGAUGAAGGCUGACCAGCACAAACAUGUGACCAUUUUCUUCGACUCGGAUUAACAUUUUAAGUAAUUUUUCAGUGUUUAAAAUUUUACAGUUGAUGCCGGUGCCCUGUCAGGACGUCAUUCCGUUGACAGAACGUGUAGUUGCAGUUGGGUUGCAUCACAACCUCGCUGUCUUUGUUCACUCGGACGUGUACCUCGGGCUGCUGCAGUAAUGUUCGGAGGGUGGGCCCGCUGGCCUCUGCAGUAACCCCCCCUUCCCCCCCCCGGUGCUUUUACCGCAGAAUAACAACGGCUGGUUCGUGCGUCGUGCGCUCGGUAACCUCGCUCGCAGCGAGAGGUUAUCGUGCGGAUCAAAGGACCACUGGUAUACAGUUAAAUAAUUUACUUUAAUUACAAUUAGUAACCACUUUUAUUUUUCUUGUCUCGUUUUACCCAGCAGUAUAUUGAUGCCGAAUUAUAUUAUUUGAAGCCUGUUAUAUCAAACUUAGGACAAUUCCGUUUUGUCACGAUUUUCCUGCAGUAUUUGAUUUGUCGAAGCACACUAUAUCUCGGGCGCGACGACACCACACGCCGCAUGCGCACUCGUAGGCGGCCUCGUUGGGUGCGUUGACAGUGCUAAUGUGCUGCAUGGUAUAGCCGCCUUUGUUUUAGGCAAGUGUGUUGAGCACACGCAUGGCUGCUCAUAUCCAUGCCUUUGUGAGUUGGCGGUGGCUUCUGGUGACUGUGUGUGUGUGUGCGUGGGUCGCUAGCGCAUUAUCUACUUCCCGCAAACAACCGCUGUUUGUGCAAAGCAAGUGGGGACUUGCAGCUUCACAGCUCGUCCCAAUUGGCCUAAACCUCAAGGAUGAAGCAAUUUUUACUGCGGUUAGAAGUUAGUGUUUGUCAGGCGGAGGGAAGUCGCAAAGAAAAUGUUUUUUUUGUUGCUGCUUGCUCAAAACCGCGAAGUACUGUGGCGCCUGCCGAAAUGCGGCAGUAUUUGUGGCGGUUAGAAGGGAAAAAGGUGGUUGUUCAAUUCACUCAUCUUGUUGCUGUUGUCCCAUUUGCCAUUUGACUGCGGUUAGUUUUUCUUGAGCUGAACACGAAUGGAUGAUUUUUUUGUUGUGUUUCCCCCCCUGUAAAUAAUGUGUACGUAAAAAAGUAGACCAGUUUGGUGCUGUUACAUUGUCUUGGUCCAUAUGAUAGUGGGCUCUUGCCGUUAUACUAAUUGUAAAGAUUACUCAGAAUGCUCACAUGACAUUAAAAAAUAAAUCUGUAGUUAAUAUAUUGUCAAAGCGACAGGCUUAAUAUUUAGUCGGUGAGUUUGUGAAUACUUAGCGAUUCAUUCAUACGCGCGCAGGUGUACACAAAUGCGAGCACGCGCACACACGCAUCAGCAAAGCAGCCAUCUGUGUAAAAGCCUGACGUUAAUUACGUGAGUGGUGUUAAUGUGCUUUCGACACAUCGCACGGUUACGGCAGUCGAGACCCCUACGUAAUGAGAUGCUCACAUUCGCUACAAGUACAAUCAUUCCGGUCUGUCGUCGGUCGCACGCUGUCGAGUUCCACAGUGUAGGAUUACCGUGCGGGUUUAGAACCGUUUAGACUCCCGUUCCCAUGACCAGCCAGGAUCUAUGAACGUGGCCUCUCUGCAACGAGGCCUGGAAAGCCGUGGCACGGGGCCAGCAUGCUGCAUGUGCAUUGCCAAUCCCUGGGCAGGGCAACUGUGUAAAUGCGUUUUUAUUUGUGAUUUGAUUCAUGUGUCGUGCCAAACUUUGAAGGAUUGGAAAGGACGAAUGGGAGUUCCUUAAUGUGCGGAUUUCUCGUCAGAACGCUGCGCUUUAUGAGCUCCUGUUUGUGUUUUUCACUUGAGGAACUUUUCGUUAUUUAUUUGUUGAUUUGCCGUUCUGCCGUCGUGAAAGAUCUUGGGGUUGUCGCACUGCUGAGCUCGGCAGUUCAUUCAAACUGGUUGGUUGUGGAAAGGUGAAUCCGCUUGUUCAUUAUGAAUGUGAUAUUUUAUUUUUUACAUAAUUAUUUAUUAUUUUACUAUAUUUUAUAUUGAAACUCUGGAAAAAGAGCCAAAAAAAUGUUCAAUUUAGAAAAGCUUAUGUUGAAUUAUAAACCACGUGGUAGGACUUGCUUGUGUAAGCUUCCUAUGCAUUUAGCGCUUUGCGUGUGAUAAAUCAACAGCUCGCUGUGCCGUAUAGUUUGAAAGCCGCUGUAAUUCCGAAUAUAUAAAGAUAAAUAUAUAUGUAAACAUAUUACAGUUCACAGGUAUAAAUAGCCCGCAUGCAUCGCGAGGCAUUCCCCUGGGGCAGAGGGAAAGGCUGUUUGUGGAGAUGUGUCCUUUGGCCGGCGAGUGCCAUGCAAGAGCGGUCAUUAAAUUUGCUCCAGUGCUGAUUUCCAACACAUGAGUGGGGGGGGGGGGGGUCCUUGGGGGGCAAGGCAGGUGAACCGGACAUUGCAUCUGAUCACCUGUUCUUUAGCCUUCGUCAUCCCAACGGGCAAGGCUCGUGUCACACGGAGGAGAGUUUUAAAGCCACGGCUCGUGGCAUGAGGACGCUGGCCACGCGAUGCCAUCAGCAUGGCCGGUGCCACCUGUGACCCAGCAGUGUCCGUCGACGAGGGGGUCGGGGCUCUGUUGACCUCCCCAGCAGCCUCGCUCCAGAACGCUUCUGCCGCUGCUUGCAGAGUUGUGGCCAUUUGCUUGCUGUGCUCCUAUUAUUCCGGGACACUUCCCCCCCCCCCCCCCAACCUUGCCCUCUGUUCAGAUCUUGCCAUGGGAAUGGCUUUUCUGUGUGUGGAGAGGACUUUGAAAACGACAUCUUUGAGGAUCGACAGCCGUGCGCGGGUGUUCUGUGAAAGUGUUUAUUUUUGAAUUGGAGACGCGGGGCCCCGUGGAAAAACAAUGCACGUUCGAGCGUGGUCAAUCUCACGGUCGCGACGUGCGUGUUGCUUUCUGUCACGAGCGGGGGGGGGGGGGGGCCCUCUUUGUGUAGUCAUCGGAGCCGAUGCAUAUUUAAAGAGAGCGACGGAGAAUGGGACUGCGACCGAGAGCGAGAGAGAGAAGCGUUGCCGCGUUUAGCUUCCCCUUCCUGCUCAGGCUGGGCAUGGCCUCUGUGUGCACACGCCUCGUUAUCUGUACGUGACAGUGUUAAAGAUGUACGUGUAAUCUAUCGUAUACAUGAAAUAAAAUACUUUUAAUCAA